GUAUGUAUGUUGCUGAUACAGCGCCAACCUUUUACUGAUAGUGUUUUUGGAGUCAUCACAGUCCUAUCUUCAAAUUGAUUAUUCAAUUUGGGCACUAUCUGAUUUAUAGUUUUAGGGUAAACGUCAGUUGACAUGACAAUUAUACUGUAGGACUGCUGACCGCGUAUUGUUUGAUUGUAAAUUGUGGACCACGGCGCCCUCUCGCGCUGAAAUCUCGUAAGUACACCUUCAUUAUCUGAUUAUUAAUGGGGGGAUUUGUCUUGCUUUUCUUUUUUAAAAGAAUAUCAAAUGUAUGAUUUAAGAUGUUGCUGUUACUUUAUAGUAUAAACUAAGAAGACUACCGCAGCACCCCGCGACCGACACGUCUGUGAAACUUGUUUAUAUGUGUAACGUCGAGUUGCGGCAUCUAUUAUUGAUGAGCAAAUACUGGCGGCAGUCACUCACUUUGAUGACUCCUGUCAGCGUUGCAGUGCCAUCACCAAAGGCCUUACAGUAGAGAUGCAGCAGAGGAAUCUGAUAUGUUGACAGUGUUGGGGUAUAAUUUCAUUAAAUAAUAAUAACGCUCUCACACAUAGUGGGUCUGCUUGUUCGCCUUUUAUGAAGUCUAUACGUUUGGAUUAGCGUGGUGACUGAAGCUGGAUUUCAUCAUCAUUAAGAAAAGAAAUAUACAAGUGAAUACAAGUGAAUUCCUUCAUCGUGACUAACUCGAUUAUUCACAUUAAUGUAAUUUUCAGGGCCGUGGAAUGGAUGAUCACCCCGUGUUUAGCGUCAUCUCCAUCACAGUGAAGUGCGUCUUUUCUGAAAAGGAGGGCAAACGGUUCAAAUGGUCAGAGGAGUGAGAGCGGAGGCAAACCUGAGCUCGGUGUUUGUGUGACGACAGGAGCGUCAGCGGUACAGAGCCAACCACAGCCAGCAUCACUAGCACAGGAGGAGACCCACGGCACGGUGAAGCGAUGCUCGCUGCUCGCUCAGUGUUGGAUUCCCUCUUCGCCAGCAUCAAUUUGCCUCCACACAUUGGCUUCAGAUGAUGUGGGAAUUAGUGAGGAGACGCCGUGGAGGCGAGCGCCGGUGCGCAAAGGGACUCUCCAUCCUUCUCCAGAGUGGAAACUGAACACGCAACCCGGACUUCAGGAGUGUUUCCAGCAUAUGCAUCUUGGAAGUUGCGGCUCUCAAACAGUUCUCGACUUCAGCCCUCAGCAAAAGCCUCAUAGAUGCUAUUUCUCUGCACAACUCCGUGGAUUUGGCUCACCGAGGGCCACCAGCGACAGAGACAUGGCAGUGUCCAAUAUGUUGUUCUGUGACGUGGAAACUUUUCUGGACUCGCACCCCGAGUUAUUCGAGGACUAUCUGAACAGAAAGGGGAAUUAUAGCAUGGUGGAGAAAUGGCUGAAGAAUCACCAGGCAAGCAAAAGUCCUUCUGUGGUUCAGGCGUCUCUCCAGGUUCAGGCUCCUCCGGCUCAGGCUCCUCCGACUCAGGCUCCAGCUGAGCCAAGGGAGGAGAAGAGUAGCGCGUGUAAGGACAGCUGGGCGAGCAAAUGUGACGGUCUGCAGCGCAGAGCCUCGCAGAAGGAGCUGCGCAAAACUUUCGCCAGGUCCAAGGCCAUCAACGUGAACAGGACAUACGACGAACACGUCAACUCCAGGGCCCAGGAGCCGCUGACCAGCAUGAGGAGGAGAGCCCUGCUGAGGAAAGCCAGCUCUCUUCCCCCGACCACUGCGCACAUCCUGAGCGCACUGCUGGAGUCCAGAGUCAACAUCCCACAGUACCCGUCCACGGCUGUGGAUUUCAAAUAUUACCUCAAGGAGCACAACGAGAGAGAGUUCUUUCUGGAGCUCGUUAAGGACAUCUCCAACGACUUGGAUCUAACUAGUCUCAGCUAUAAGAUCCUGGUGUUUGUUUGCAUCAUGGUGGACGCUGACCGGUGCUCCCUGUUUCUGGUGGAGGGAACCGGCAACAAGAAAACACUGGUGUCCAAAUUCUUCGACGUGCACGCAGGAACCACAGUUUUACCGUCCAUGAAUUCGGACGAAGUUCAAGUUCCGUGGGGGAAAGGGAUCAUUGGUUAUGUGGCAGAACACGGAGAGACAGUGAACAUCCCUGACGCCUAUCAGGAUCGACGGUUCAGUGAUGAAAUAGACAAGCUGACUGGAUACAAAACCAAGUCGCUCUUGUGCAUGCCCAUUCGCAGCAGUGACGGAGAGAUCAUUGGAGUUGCUCAGGCCAUCAACAAGACCUUGAGUGGAGAACUCUUCACUGAAGAUGAUGAAAAGGUUUUACAGAUGUAUCUGCCAUUUUGUGGCAUUGCCAUCUCCAAUGCUCAACUGUUUGCCGCCUCCAGGAAGGAGUAUGACAGGAGUCGGGCUCUCCUGGAGGUCGUCAAUGACCUGUUUGAGGAGCAGACUGACCUGGAGAAGAUUGUCAGGAAGAUCAUGCACCGUGCUCAGACGCUGUUAAAGUGUGAACGCUGCUCCGUUCAACUACUGGAGGAUAUUGAGUCUCCGGUUGUAAAGUUCACCAAGUCGUUUGAGCUCCUGUCUCCCAAGUGUAGUGCAGACACUGAAAACAGUUUGAAAGACAGUAUGGAGAAAUCUUCCUACUCAGACUGGCUCAUCAACAACAGUAUUGCCGAGCUUGUGGCGUCCACAGGGCUGCCCGUCAACAUCAGUGAUGCCUAUCAGGACCCUCGCUUUGAUGCUGAGGCAGACCAGUUCUCAGACUUCCACAUCCGCUCAGUUCUCUGUGUCCCAAUAUGGAACAGCAACCACCAAAUCAUUGGUGUCGCUCAAGUGCUAAACAGGCUCGAUGGGAAACCAUUUGACGACGCAGACCAGCGUCUCUUUGAGGCUUUCGUGAUUUUCUGUGGACUGGGCAUCAACAACACCAUCAUGUACGACCAGGUGAAGAAGUCCUGGGCCAAACAAUCUGUGGCUUUAGAUGUCCUGUCUUACCACGCCACUUGCUCCAAGACUGAAGUGGACAAAUUUAAGGCUGCUAACAUUCCUCUGGUUUGUGAGCUGGGCAUUGAUAAGCUGUCCUUCGACGACUUUUCUCUGGACGUUGAUGCCAUGAUUACAGCUGCUCUGAGAAUGUUUAUGGAGUUGGGCAUGGUGCAGAAAUUCAAGAUUGACUAUGAGAUACUGUGCAGAUGGCUGCUGACUGUCAGGAAAAACUACAGAAUGGUCCUUUACCACAACUGGAGACAUGCCUUCAAUGUCUGCCAGUGCAUGUUUGCCAUGCUAACGACAGCGGGCUUUCAGGAGACUCUGACAGAUGUGGAGAUCUUAGCUCUCAUCGUUGGCUGUGUGUGCCACGACUUGGACCACAGAGGAACCAACAAUGCUUUCCAGGCAAAGACGGGUUCAGCGCUGGCUCUGCUUUAUGGGACCUCCGCUACGCUGGAGCAUCACCACUUCAACCAUGCUGUUAUGAUCCUGCAGAGUGAGGGUCACAACAUCUUCUCCAACCUGUCCUCCACAGAGUACAGUGACCUCAUGCAGCUGCUCAAACAGUCCAUUCUGGCCACUGACCUCACGCUCUAUUACGAGAACAGAAACACGUUCUUUGAGCUUGUCAGCAAAGGAGAGUACAACUGGAACGUGAAGGCUCACAGAGACAUGUGCAGAUCUAUGAUGAUGACAGCCUGUGAUCUCGGUGCAGUCACUAAACCUUGGGAAACAUCACGAAAGGUGGCUGAGUUGGUGACCAGUGAGUUUUUUGAGCAGGGAGACAGAGAGAGAUCAGAGCUGAAGCUCACUCCUUCUGCGAUCUUUGAUCGAAACAGGAAGGAUGAACUGCCUGGGCUUCAGCUGGAGUGGAUUGAUGGAAUCUGUGCGCCACUGUACGAGACUCUAGUCAAGUUGAACCCAAAACUCGGGCCCAUGCUGGACAUGAUCAGUGCCAACAGGUCCAAAUGGGAGGAACUCAACAAGAAGAGACAACGAGGUCCGAGCAUUUCUGCUUCAUCCAGUGUGUGCAGUGGCGACGGCACCGAAACAAACGGCUGCACCGUGGCCCAACACAACAGCACAAGCUGCUGCAGCAGCGGCGACAUCCACAGCACAACAUCCAAACCCGUUAGCUAGCUCCUGUGGCCACUUUGAAGCUGAUCUCUUAUUAAAGGCUUAUUUCCUCCUAUAUGCAGCCUGCAACAGAGGCAGCUGUGCAGUGCAGUGCAGUGCAUGCAGAGGUUGUUGGGCUCUGCUCCUCUUCGCUUUCUGCCUGUAGGGAUGAGCUUUUAGACUUGAGCGCGUCACUAUCACAGAGGUUCAGUCUUCCCGGCUGACAGCCCUGCGUUUGGCAAAGUCUGUCAGAGCAGCUACAGAUCAGCUGAUGACACCAUGUCAGAAAGGAAACUCAAAAACACUGUGUCAACGUGUCAAGUGUGAGCUAACGGUAACUAUUCUGGGCAUCGCACACGUUCUCAGCACAACAAGGCAUGAAGAAAAAUCCGUUAAGAAUGUUUCCUGGUUGGGUUCUGAUCCCGGUUCUCCUGGGUUGCUCGUGCUUUUUUUUCUGUAGUGACAGAGAUAUUUUUUGUAAAUUUGUACAUAGGCUGUUUAAGUUAUUUAUAUGUGCUGUUAGUAAAAAAAAGCUGCAAUGGCUGUGAAGUCAGUUGGACCUGUGACAGUGCUUGCAAUGCAGAUUGAGUGCUGUGCUCCCUCCCCCUUCCGUGCCUUGUUUUAAGACCCUAAUGAAAAAUGCAUGGCCUCCUCCUCACCUACAUUCUGUAGAUAGUACGUGAACCAUGACAUGGUUACUUUUUUUUUCCUGCUGCAAUCUGUAAAACUAAUAAACGCAGGCUCUUCUCAAUCCCUGUGUUAGCCACGAAAUAAUAACUUUAACUUUGUUGUACCACUGAUUUAGAACGCAGGGUCUCACUUUUAAAACACACACACACAACGUGCCUUGAUAAAAUCCUGGUAUGAAAUUAAUUUUCUGAAUAUAUUAAUCCAUCAAUUUAAAGCUAACAGUUCAAAACGUCAGACAUCAAACAGAUUUUCAUUCAAACACAUUCGAAGGGCAGGUCACCGUGCACAUAUUUGGUGUCAAAUACUGACUUUGACUCAAACUUAGGAUUUUAUAGUGACUGAAGAAUCCCAGGAAAUUGACCAGUAGUACUUCACUGGUUUCAGAAUUUACUCUGUAUGAAUGUAAGUCUAGGUUUAAUAAACAUCACUUCUAUGUUUAAAACUUACACAAAAUACUACAAAAACUAAAAAAAAUGGCUGUUAACUUAUAGGAACUUUUAUUGCUUAUUAAAAAACAUGUCUGUUGGUCUUCAGAGGUAAAACAGUCUGUUUACACGUCCAUCACUGGUAAUAAAAUAUUAAACAUAUUUUAACACAUUUUGUUAAUUCCAAAGAAACUGGAUCUGUUUCUCUGACUUGAGGGUUGUUGAUGGGCAAGUCAAGUUUCUGUUGAACAUUGUUGACCAUUUUUAACAAACGAGACAACAAAGCAUAAAUGCAACCUCAUGAAAAUGACAACAUAUAAACAAUAUUUUUAUAAUUCAAAACAUACGAAAAAUUUGUUGUGUACUAAUUCUCUUAUAAAAACAAACCAAAACUAAAUAGACACUGAUAAAGAUGUUUUUCUGCUUGUGCUGUGAAUUAUUGUGAAGUAUGUGCCCUGGAGGCCACAGCACAUUACUGCAAUGAUUACAGCAUAUUAUAGUACAUAGACAAUACAAUAGCAGAAUUGUUACAAAAACAACAAAAAAGCACAAGUUUAACUCUCAUAGGUUUAGCAUUGGAAUUCUAACAGUUUCUACAGGCUGGAUUUCCAAAACUGAUUUGAACAUAUCUGUAGUAAAAGUACAAAGAAGAUUGUGUUCCCAUAAGAUAGGAACCAACUCUAAGAGUGCGAGACUACUUUUUUUUUUACACCGUAGGCAGAUAUGUGAUCUUUCUAAAACUUCACCAACAUAUUCUCUUUAUUUUGACUGUAUUUGCCUCCAACAGCUUUUUUAACCUGCAGCAGACUGAAGACUUGUUGUACACUAUGAAGUGCCCAUGUCUUCACAGCCUCCAUUGUAUUUUUAAAGGUAUACAUUUUAAGUAUUUUUGAGUAUGCCUUAUUAAUUGUGUUGUACCUUUGAUAACUGGAGUUCCUUACGUGACUGUGCACAUUGUGUGGCAUGGAUCUGUGUACUCUCCUGUACUUUCUUUGUAGGUCUGAACUGGAGCCCACAGGAAAAGUUCGGAAUUGCAUGUUUGAUGCAGUAGGAAAAAAUUCAGUUCCACUUGCUAAGGAUGUAGCAAACAUGUGAGCCAACAAAUACCUCGUAUUUCCAAAACCAUGGGUUAGUGAUAUCACUUCUAAAAUGCAUGACUUAAUUAUAUUGCAUCAUGUUACGUGGGCUGUGAAUAUCAACGUUCUAUUUUUCUAUCAGGUCUCCAACCAUGACAGACUUUUAUUCCUUUUUUUCGGAAAUGUAAAGUGUUUCUUGUGUUUCUUCUUUUUCCUCCCAAUAUGGACUGGAUUUUUCUGUUCUUUUUGGCACUAAGAAAACCUAAGGCAUGAAAAGGCAAACGUGCAAUGUUUAUGUUCAGAGUUGAAAUAAAAAUAUGCUGCUACAUCAGUGCUGUUUAUUUCAACAACUAAUGCUUAAUUUGGCCACUGUUCAUGACGGAUGUGGAUUAUUUUACAUGUAGUUGUAAAACUCCACUAAAAUAUUAUAUUUUUUACUCUUUAGACCUAAGUCAUAUCAUGCAGCUUUACCUGAUGAAUUGUUUAAUAUCAGAGAGUCAGCAUUUAGCAGCUGUUCAUUGUAUUUAUCUGUGGAAUUACUUUUUUCGGUCAUUCCCCACUUUGAACAAGUGGGGAUUUUUUAAGCCUCACCUGCCUGCGUCGAAAUAGCACCAAGCAACGUCAUAUUUUAUAAUGAAUGAAAGAAUAAUUUUGGCUUUGAUUUCAAUCGGGUUGGGAAUGAAUAGGCGAUCCAUGUCGAACAGCAGUCUUCAAGUAAACCUGCCAGCAAGCAGAUUAUAUUCACAGAGGCUGUAACCAUGGUAACUGACUCAGAGUUUCAGUCACCUCUCUUUCUGGAAUGGAUAAAAUACCCUUCAUCUUAGGGUUAACUUGAACUUAGUUUUCACAUAACUUUCUCGAAUACCUCCUCUGUCCCCCUCGUGUGACUGUUACAAAAAAUAUACUACUGGUCACAAAAUCACAUUGGAUUUGAACCCAGAUAUUCUGCAUCAUUGAUGAGGUGUUUAGUAUAACGCUGUGAUCAAUGGUUGACGUACAAAAACAGUAUGUUUUUCCUAAUUUUAAACACAAAAGAGGACAUAGUUCAGUAUUUUAAAUGAGUGGAGUUUUAUUCAUUUAUUUUGUAUAAUAGGUUACUUUUGAUCA